CAGUGGGUGGGAGAGGCUAAAACUAGUCAGACUGAUGUGGAGGGGAGAUUCGUUUGGGAUUCUGGUUGUUCUAAGAGCUGCUGAAUGUCAGGCUCACUCUCAGGGCUCUGGUGACUUGAAGAUAACAGGAUUGUUCUGGUGGUUUUCUGCUACAACUGUCAAAAUGGUGAUCAAAGUCUUUGUAGCCACAUCUUCUGGGUCUACAGCGAUUAAGAAGAAACAGCAGGAAGUAGUGGGCUUCUUAGAGGCCAACAAGAUUGACUUUAAGGAAAUGGACAUAGCUGGUGACGAGGAUAACAGGAAAUGGAUGAGAGAGAACGUCCCAGGUGAAAAGAAGCCACAAAAUGGCAUCCCCCUCCCUCCACAGAUCUUCAAUGAGGAGAAGUACUGUGGGGACUUUGAAUCCUUCUUCUCUGCUAAAGAAGAAAACAUUAUUUAUUCAUUCCUGGGUCUGUCACCUCCCCCAGGUUCAAAGGCGUUGAAAUCUGCUGAAGAGACAUCAAACCUUCCAAACGGCGAAGUUUCGGCUGAGGAGCACAAAGUUGCAGAAGAGACUGAAAAGUCUGCAAUAACUGAAGAAAAUGAGGCACACACAGAAGACAAUGUAGAUGCCAUCACUAAUUCUACUGAACUACCAUCAGAAGAACAUGAGGAAGAGGAGAAGGAGCAAGAGGAGGAGGAAGAGGAGGAAGAGGAAGAAUCUUAGUACUUUUUAUGGCAUUUUUUCGUCAAAAGGUUUUUCAGGAAGCACAAAGCCAUGCAGCACCAGAGAAAAUUCAAACCACUUCUUUCCCCAAACUGCCUGUCAUUGCCUUUCUCACUAGCAUAUGUAUAGACAUAUAGAUAUACCGUAUAUACUCGAGUAUAAGUCGACCCGAAUAUAAGCCGAGGCACCUAAUUUUACCCCAAAGAACUGGGAAAAAAUAUUGACUUGAGUAUAAGCCUAGGGUAGGAAAUGAGGCAGCUACAGGAUUAGAAGUACCAAUAUUGGGAUCCAUUUCUAACAGGA